AUGACCUCUAAGUCUGACGCAGCUAGUGCCAAAAUAUGGUACUGUUAUGCGAUGCAGUUUAGUUACCCCGCUCUCCCCACUGGGAUAUCCGAUUAUCAUCUUUCAGUCAAAAACGCAGUAUAAGGCCCACCAAGCCCCAACAACACAACCCCGUUAAAAAAUAUCACAAUGCCCCAAAUUUUUUCUUCUGGAACAUGCCAUAUCCAUGACAGAAUGCGGUUGAGAAAGCCACACUUGCAAGAUACACUCCCAAUCCAGCUAUGUGUUCUAUGCAAUCGCUCUUUUUGCGCCGCCCACAAGGGAAAAGAGGAUAACGUCUGUGAGAUCAAUCAUGAGACAUACUAUCGAAACCACCCAGCCGCCCGGGAGUACUUGUAUCGCACUUAUGAAGAUUGGAAGAAAGACAACGAAAACAUGAUUAUGGAUGAUAUGUGGCAGUAAACUGUGCUGGGUCUCAUGUGGAAGAUACAUUGUUCCGAGCCUGUCCAGAAGAAGGGUUAAGUCCAUUUUGGCAUUAUUGUUUAAAGAGGG